UUAUCUCACUCCCAAACCAUGAAAUUAGCUGGUCUCUCGUCCGUCGACAACGCUCACGAUGACUCUGUGUGGGCGACUACUUGGGUUCCGGCCACCACCUCUCGGCCUGCCUUACUCCUUACUGGUUCUCUAGACGAGACGGUCAAGCUGUGGCGCGCAGACGAUCUUCAAUUGGAGCGCACGAAUACGGGUCACUGUUUGGGUGUGGUUUCAGUGGCAGCCCACCCAUCUGGGGUCAUUGCCGCAUCGGCUUCGCUUGACAGCUUUGUUCGUGUCUUUGAUGUCGACACUAAUGCGACAAUUGCCACCCUUGAAGCUCCUCCUUCUGAGGUUUGGCAGAUGCAGUUUGAUCCAAGGGGUACCACUCUUGCAGUUGCUGGUGGAGGUAGUGCCUCUGUCAAGCUUUGGGAUUCUGCUACUUGGAAACUAAUUGCAACCCUAUCAGUACCUCGGCCAGAAGGUGGCAAGCCCACUGAUAAAAGCAGCAGCAAGAAGUUUGUCUUGUCAGUUGCAUGGAGUUCUGAUGGGAAACGAAUUGCUUGUGGCUCCAUGGAUGGCACUAUCUCUAUUUUUGAUGUAGCUCGCGCCAAAUUCCUACACCACCUGGAAGGCCACACCAUGCCUGUGAGGUCUCUUGUGUACUCCCCUACUGAACCUCGGGUACUCUUUAGUGCAUCAGAUGAUGCUCAUGUGCACAUUUAUGAUUCUGAGGGAAAAACUCUAAUUGCUGCCUUGUCUGGUCAUACAAGCUGGGUAUUGAGUGUGGAUGCAAGUCCAGAUGGCUUGGCUGUUGCCACAGGCUCAAGUGAUAAAACUGUAAGACUGUGGGAUAUCAGUAUGAGGGCUGCUGUUCAGACAAUGACCAACCAUUCAGAUCAGGUAUGGGGCGUGGCUUUCCGACCGCCAGGAGGGACUGGUGUGCGGUUUGGUCGGCUUGCCAGUGUAUCGGAUGACAAGAGCAUUUCGCUCUAUGAUUACUCUUAAGGCAUCUAGUUUUUAGCUACUGCAAACAUUAAAAUAACUUUAGUUUUUGUAACUUGUAAGGUACAACCUCUGUUAUUUAUAUAAUUGCUCUCAAGGUUUUCGGUUUUAAU